UCGGAGCUAGUGACCAGCCGGGCGGUCCGGUCCGAGUGAGCGGGGAGCCGGAGCCAGGGACCGCUCGGGUGGUCAGGUCCGGGUGAGCGGAGAGUCGGAGCCAGUGACCAGCCGGGGGGUCCGAGUGAGCGGGGAGCCGGAGCCAGUGACCAGCCGGGCGGUCCGGUCCGGGUGAGCGGGGAGUCGGAGCCAGUGACCAGCCGGGGGGUCCGGGUGAGCGGGGAGCCGGAGCCAGUGACCAGCCGAGGGGUCCGGGUGAGCGGGGAGCCGGAGCCAGUGACCAGCCGGGGGGUCCGGGUGAGCGGGGAGCCGGAGCCAGUGACCAGCCGGGGGAUCCGGGUGAGCGGGGAGUCGGAGCCAGUGACCAGCCGGGGGGUCCGGGUGAGCGGGGAGCCGGAGCCAGUGACCAGCCCGGGGGGUCCGAGUGAGCGGGGAGUCGGACCCAGUGACUAGCCGGGCGGUCCGGUCCGAGUGAGCGGGGAGCCGGAGCCAGGGACCGCUCGGGUGGUCAGGUCCGGGUGAGCGGGGAGCCGGAGCCAGUGGCUACCUGGGCAGUCAGAUCCGGCUCAGCAGGGAGCUCCGCGCCCGGAGCCCGACGAGCACGGCCCGGGCUGUGCCGUCCCCCUCCGCGGGGCUUGCCGGGGUCGGAGGGGCUCACCAUCAGGGAGCUGGGGCUGCGCUGCCCGCGGGGUGCGAGAGGAGCUCACCCGGAGCCGCUCGGCCUGGUCCGAUGGGUGUUCUCCCCGGAGGUGGACUGCGUCUCGGGAAAAGUGUUCUUCAGGGCGGCGGCGGGGCCCGGAGAGCUGCGGCAGCUGCGGUCGGGGGAGCGCCUGUUCCUGCUGCUGAAGAAGCACAGCCCGCUACCUGUGUCCGGGAACAGAGCUUUGAUGUAUUUAAGUGAAUUGGUCUCUCUGUUCCUCAUGCCUCUCUUGUGGACUGGGUAGUCCUCUCUUAGGACUACCCACACAUGUAGGUGUGUGUUGCAGGUUUGAAGGCACAGUGAUGAAUGGAAAACAGAAAUUUUCUUUCUGGAAGAAUAAACUUGGUUUUGCCUGAGAUGACUCAAAGGAAAAUGCUUCAUGAGAUUAAAAGCCUUGUCAUUGAGAACCCAGAAUACUGGCUGGAUAUUAUCUCUGUUUGGAGAAAGCUUCAUGGACACAAGGGGAAAACAGAGGAUGGCUCUCAAGAAAACACAUUGGCUCUGAAGAGAACGUCAGAACAAGAGAUAAAUACUGCAAGUAAAAGGCAAAAAACAGAGCAAGUUAGGGCAAUCGUGUCUGAGGAGUGUCAGGUGGGAGCUGGAGAGACCUGUGAGGCACCAGACAGAAUGAGCAGGCAGGAGUGCUGGACUGAGAGCAGGACUUGCUCAGAAUUGCCUUCCAGAGGCAGUGGAGAGGAUCCUGCUGCCAGUGAGGAGCUUAGCUUCAGCUUCAGAGUGUCAUGUCGCUGCAGUGGAGCAAUUGCCAGAAUACUGACUUCACAGGAGGUCGGAAGAGCCAUUGGCAUGGCGCUGGUGAAGCAGUGCAGGUGGCGUGCUGAUCUGCGGGACCCUGACCUGGAGAUCUUUGUGCAUCUUAAUGACAUUCACUCUGUGGUGGGGAUUCCUCUUUUCAGGCUUCCAUUGGCAAACAGAGAGUAUAUCAGAACAGCAGGACUGCGGUCAACAGUGGCAUGGGCCAUGGCAUCUCUGGCUGAAAUCAGGGCUGGCGGCCUUGUGCUGGAUCCCAUGUGUGGCCUAGGAACCAUCCUGCUGGAGGCUGCCAAGGAAUGGCCUGAAGCCUGUUACUGGGGUGCUGAUAUAAGUGACUCACAGUUAGAGGGUGCAGAUGACAAUAUCAGAACUGCAGGCCUGGUGGAUAAGAUUGAGCUGCUGAAAGCUUCUGUGAAAGCACUGCCAUUGCCUUCAGAAAGCUUUGACAGCAUUAUUUCGGAUAUUCCAUUUGGGAAAAAGUUUAAGACCACGAGUGAUGCCCAGCUCCUACCAGAUCUUCUCCAGGAAAUGGAGAGAGUGCUUCGUGUUGGAGGGACCCUGGUGUUGCUGCUAAGCCAGGAGCUCUGCAGACGCAUGGAUGGUUUGACCAGGUGUGCUGGAAGUGACUCUGCUGAGGCCUCUGCUGAUGGUGACAAUGGAGCAGCCCCUGCACAAGCCAUGAAUGGUUUGACUAGGUGUGCUGGAAGUGACCCUGCUCAGGCCUCUGCUGACGGUGACAACAGAGCAGCCCUGAGUGUGGAUGGGAAUUCCUCCUCCUUGGCCCAGGGGGGUGGAGAACCCGUUCUCAGCAGACAUUUCGGUUCUCUGCUGCCAGAGGGUGUCUAUGCCGUCAGCCUGGGCAAGACUGAUGCUUUCAUACACAAAUACAGGAAGGUGUCUGCUGCUGGGAGCAGCAGAACUGGGACUGGGAGCUGUCCCAGUACUGGGACACUCCCUGGAACUGGGAGCUCUCUGGCCCUGGGCUGAAGGGAACUUGAAUGCUUCGGGAGCAGCAGGGCAGGACUCGGUGGGGCUCUGCUGAUGCAAAGACACCCACUGCCAUCCCUUAGAUUGCCUCAUGUUCUUGGGAUGUCCUAAGGCAUUGUGCUGUUGUGUCUCUGGUUUUUAGGAGGGGCGGAAGAUGCUGAUUCUACUGUAUUGGAUACAGUGAAAGAGGAUAUAGUGUAUUGUAAAGUGGCAGAGUCCUCCAAUCCUUGUUUAGGCAAAGCUGUUCGGUAUUGGGAGGAGUUUCUGUAGGAGAGAAAGUCUUGAUUUGCAGAACUGCAAACCCAGAUGUGGCAGCCCAUGAUCUCUGGGCUGUGUACUCCUGCUGUUCAUUUUAAAGUAAUAUUUAAGCUACAGCUCUGUCUAUUCUGACUAUUCUUAGUGUUCAGGUUAUUCUUAGGUGGAGGAUAGGUGAUCCCCCUGAGAUGCUGAGCAGGAAGGGAGGCCAGGAGAAGAAGCAGCACUGACAGCUGGAGUUGCAGCCAGUCCCAGGCCCUGGGCCCCAACUCUGUUUUGUGUGUCCUGGGUCCUCCCUGCCCUGUCUCUCCCCCUCUCUCCUGCACUUUUGUGACACCUUUUUUUAUUCCUUGUACCUUUUCUCUUUGUUCUUCUGUCCCAUGAAAAUAGGACUUUUAGAAUUGUACCAGCAUUAAAGAAAGGGCCCAAGGCAAUACUGAAAUCACUCUCUCCUUUGGGUUUUAGCAUCCUUUGUGCAAAGGCUGAGGUAGCAAAACCCAAAAAUCAUUGCACAUUUUCUGUGAGAACAAAACAUAAAGACUUCUCACUGCUUUCCUAAGCCAUGUCAAUCUGCAGGAACACUGGAGGCCUUUUGGGAAGAGAAAAUUGGGAUAAAAUACAUUUCUCUGUGUUUCUGUGUCAAGCUUUUGUCUGAAGAUCACCUCAAAGAGCAGAGUUGGGUUUAAUAAUGUUAUUUUCUUUACUUCAACCAUGUUUCUCUCAAAUGUUUUUACUGAGAAAAGUAUAAAAUAGGACUAUAUUUGCAUUUUCAGACACACUUUUUUGUCCUUAAAUAUCUUGUAGUUGUUAAUGUGUAUUUUUGCAGCUGUGCAGUCUAUGAUAAAGACUUUGUUUUGAAACUCAGCAGCAUUUUGGACUAAAGCAUUUUGUUAUGUAAGGGUAGGGUUUGAGGAGGUUUGUUUUUGUUUGUUCUAGUUCCUGGUUUUGUUUUUGUUUCAUUUGGCUUGCCUUUUUUUUUAACACUGAGUGUAUCAAAGAAAUCAAAGAAUAAUAUGUAAUUGUAGUUUGAAAUUGUUACUUUUUUUACAAACAAUUACUUUGAACUCUGGUUAACUGUAUUUAUCUAGUGUGGUUCAGUAUUCUUUGACCAUUGUGCUUCCAAAAAAAUUUAGAAAUGUCUUGGUGAGAAUUUUUGCUUUGGUAUUUUAGAAGAAAGCAACUUAGGCCACGUUGUGCUACCCACAUGCAGCUGUGAGAUGUUUGCCCAUGAGACAUGAAAGGAUGGUUUUGUGUUGUCCUGCCAAGUUCUGUUUGUGUAUUGUAGUGCCUUUACCUAUGUCCUAGGGCUAUUUUUGGUCCCUUCUUGGUUUGGGUGGUUUUUUUUGUUUUUGGUUUUUUUUUUUUUUUUUUGGUAUGAAAGCUGAUUUUUCUAGCUUGCAGCACCAACAAAAAAGGAAUGUAAAUGGCACUUGCAGUGCUAAUGUCACAUCCCCCCUCAUUGUUUGUAUGUACUGUAUUUUUGGAGGCAAUGAACUGAUGUCUUCAGUCUAUUGCUUUUUGAAGUUGUUGGAUGUUUUGGGGUUUAAAAUGAUGAGACCUGAAUAUAAUGGUGUGUGCCCUGUACUUAUACCAACACUGAACAUUUUCCAGGUGUUUCCUCUAAGUUUCUUUGGUGCUGAACUAUAGACACAUUUAAAAACUACCAAAAAAACCCCAUUCUGUGGAAAAACACAUCCUAAAGAAGCAUCUAUGUGUGAAAUUCUGAGACUUGCUGUAAGUAUAGAUGAAUUAUUCUGUAAUCACUUGGAUCAUACGUUAUCAUAUACAGAAGUCAUACAAAGAUAGUAGAGCUGUUCUUCACAAAAUUCGUUUUCUGAGGAAUGACAAGCAAAGUUUUCUGUAUUUUAUCAAAGCAAGUCAACUGCAAAUACAAAUAAAUAUGUACUUUUACAUCUGUACUUCAAAAUACUAAAAUAUAUGCAGCUCUUUGGAAGAAAUUAAAAGUGAACCCAGACCUUUGCGAAUAUUUGUUCUUGUACCAUAUACACUGUCUAGAAACUGAAUACUUUAAAAUUAUAUUUUUGCAACAGGACAGUUAUGGUAAUUUGCUGUAUUCACAGAAUAUAUAAAAGCAGACUAAAUAGAUUCUCAAUACAUUUUGGUACUGGAUAAAGUUCUGUGUUAUAUAUGCAAGAAUAUAAUUUUAAAUGUUAAUGCCAUUAUGUUGUCACAAUUCUUUUAGCUUGAGGAGAAUAAUAGAUUAAAACUGAUUUAUCAGGGAUUUUACAGUCAGGAGCUGUAAUUUUUAAAAUUACAGGAGCUGUAAUUUUACCGGAAGUGAGGUAAUUACAGGUAGAUCCCAAGCUGCAUGUUACCAGAUUAUAAUUAGUCUUCUUUGAAUAGCAGAUUAUGAGACACACUUGGUUUGUUACAUAUUGCCAUUCAAAAUAUCCAAAUAUUAAAUAUAGCUAGUCAUGUUAUUACUGCCACUCUGUGCUUGUGUAACUGGACAUCAGCAUGUCUGGAAUAAAUACAGAAAUUUCUGCUCAUA